UUCAUUUCUUUUUUUGUCCAUAUAUGAAAAACUUCACCUUAAUAUGUAUCCACCACUCUUGAAAGUUUACAAGUGAAGGAGCCUCCGGAACCAAAAGAUAAGAUGGGUUUCGUGGCGGUGGCGCCAGUGUCGUUCCCCGGAAGCCGCCAUAACCUCGCCGUUCCAGAUAUUGCAACCGCACUUUCCAUAUCACUCAACAAGUACGCGUUUGGUUGGCAUCGUCAGAGUUCACACAACAGUAGUAACUAUGCACUCACCGGCGAAACUGCCUUGUCAACAACCGAUGCAGGAAACUUAACCGCUACAUCUUCUUCUUCCAAUAGCUACCCGAAGUAUGAUCGAUUGCUUCCAUGUCCUACACACAAAUUUCCACCAAGAAUUGAACAUUUGGUUGUUUCAGAAGGAGGACCUGUUCUAGAAUACAUUUGCAAAGCUUUGGAUCUUCCUCAUUUGUUUGUUGCAGAUCUGAUUCAAUUUGGAGCUGUAUAUUUCGCUCUUGUAUCUCCGGAGCCUCCUUCUACUGCUACUGCAGAGCAUAUUAGAAUUUUCAAAGAAGUAACAGAACCAUUGGUUCUGCAAAAAAGAGCUUCCAUCAAAGGAAAAACUAUAAGAGAAGCCCAGAAAACUUUCCGUGUUACUGAUGUGAAUCAGUUUGUUGAACCAGGAACUUAUCUGCGAGUGCACAUGCAUCCCAAGCGUUUUCCUAGAUGCUAUGAGAUUGACUGGAGAUCAAGGAUCAUAGCUCUGGAGGAAUCGUAUGUGGUUUUGGAUAAACCUGCUGGUACUUCAGUGGGUGAAACUAUCGGCAACAUUGAAGAAAGUUGUGCAACCUUUGCAACUCGUGCCUUGGGAUUAACAAUCCCUUUGAUGACUACUCAUCAGAUUGAUAAUUGCACGGAAGGCUGCGUAGUAUUGGCUAGGAAUAAAGAGUAUUGCUCCAUCUUUCAUUCCAAAAUCCGGGAGAGAAAAGUGAAGAAGAUCUAUCUUGCUCUUGCAGCUUCUCCUUUACCAAUUGGAAUCAUUAAGCACUAUAUGCGUCCUAUUAACAUGGCUCCUCGACUUGUUUCUGAAGAUUUUAUCAAGGGAUGGCAUAUUUGUCAACUUGAGGUCUUGGAAUGCAGAAAGAUUCCCUGGCCCACUAUUCUUGUUCAAGAUGAAUAUUGUGUUGAAGACUGUGGGUGGCCCUCUCAAGAUUACGCGUACGAGUGUAAAAUCAACCUUCUGACUGGUCGAACUCAUCAGAUCCGAGCUCAAUUUGCUGCUUGUAAGGCACCAAUAAUUGGUGAUUCUAUGUAUAUGCAUGCUGCAAUUGCAGAGAUGACUAACCCUGGACUUAAUCCAUUUGGAAAAUACAAGAGAGAUUUCAUUAGUGAGAGUGAAAAAGAAACAGCUGAAGUAAAUUGGAUUGCACAACAUGGUAAAGAGCCUAGGGUUGCAAUUGGCCUUCAAGCUUGUCAAAUUUCAUGGGAUGAGGAUGAACACAUUUACAAAGCGGGUUUGCCUUGGUGGAGGCGUUAAAAGGCCAGAAAUGUGCUCGAGUUGAGAAUAUGACUCAACUCCAAAGUUAUGUUAUAGUUUUGCCUCAGUUGAGUGAGUGCCAAUGCCAUUGCCAUUCACGUUGGAAACAUCCUGAUUCAGUGUUACAACUGAAUUGUAUGCCUGACUUAUAUGCUAGUUUGUCCUUUUUGCAGCAAGAAUGCAAAAUUUCCCGACAAUGGUAGAGGAAUGCAGUGAUCAGGUUGUGCCAGUUUGAAACCACAAACGGGAAAAAGAGGAGCUUCAUCGGGGGAUGGUGCAUGCUGUCACAUACCAGUGAGUCUUGAGCAUCUUUUUCUAUUUUAAUCAACUCUAAAUAGGUAAGCUAGAAGAUGAUAGAUUAUUAUUUUAAUCAUGUAUAUUUACUUAUAAUUGAGAAAAUGUCACAGUAUUAGAAACUUAGCUGAUUAGAAUGUGGGAUUAAUACCUUGAGCUCUCGUUGUCAGUUUAACUUUUCCUGUUCUUUUGUUUAAUGAACUUCAGACUA